UAUGAAAAAUAUACCAGAAUUGCUCUAUGUUGAACUGCAACCCCCACCUUUGAUUUAUUGCCCUUUUGGCUUAACGAAAUGCCCGAACGAAUCGGACAAGGAAGAUGAGGAUGAUGAGAUAAUAUUCCAAUGGAAUACAAUACCACAUCUUCCAUAUCCAGGCUUUAAUCCAGAUUGUACAAACCAGGAUAAACUAACCGAAAAAAAGAAGAUGACAUAUUAUAGAAUAAAGAAGCAAUCAGCAAUUAUUGCUAUUACCGAUUUAGUUAAGUGUUAUAAUAGUUAUUUGAGUGAGGCUAGAAAUAACGUAUUUGACGAUUUGUAA